GCGGAGCGGCGGCGGCUGCAGCAUCCGAAUCGCGUCGGCGGCCAAAACGGGUACGGCCUCAUGCGCACCAACUCGCAGACGGGCUCCAUGAGUGCCGUCUCGCUACGCUCCGCCGACGUGCUGGGUGUGCGCGCCACACCGCAGCAGACCCCCGCCACGCCCUCGUUAUUGUAGCCCAGUUGGCCUCUGCUGCCGCAGCUGCGGGGCGUGUGGAAACGCAGGGAAUGGGGGAAAAAGAGUGCGUCUUGCGGUGCUGCUGCUGUUGGUGGUGGUGGUGGCUUGUGGUGGCGCCAUUCUUUCUCGUCCUGUUGUUGCUAAUUGUUUUUGUUUUGUUAUCUGUUUCUCUUGGCCUUUGUUUCGUGCAGCGUUGA